UUCCCAACUUUACGACAAUCACUAUGGCGGCUGCCGGUGGUGGGUUUGAAAAUGCGAGGGUCGUCGACGAGCGUAAAGAACAGACUUGGAUUUCCAGGACCGAGGUGUUGGGACAGGCUAAAGCCAAUUUUGAAAAGGAAGAAAGGCGUAAAGAACUUAAACGACUUUGGGGUAAGGAAACAUGGAUGCUACCUGAUGUGAAUAAGCGACUUGAACAAAUCUCACAGGAACACUCUGUGAAGAAAAAGAAGAAAAAAGACAAACAUUCAAGAAAAGUAAAAAAAGAGAAGAAAAAAAAGAACAAGAAACAAAAGUGUGAAAAAAACAAUGAGUCAACUGACAGUUCAUCAAGCUCUGAAGAUGAGUGGGUUGAGGCUGUUUCCUCCCACACUUCUGGCAAGGAAAAGGCCUGGAAGGUGAAAGAUGAAAAGUCAGAAAAAGAAGACAACGAAGUUAUUCAGAGGGAUGAAUGGAUGACUGUUGAUUUUAUGUCUGUUAAAACUGUGUCAUCAUUAUCACUCAAAGCUGAAAAGGAAACUAUAAGGAAAAUAGAGCAAGAGAAAACCCAAGCACUUGAACAGUUCAGACUGCUGGAAAGAGAAUUGAACCCAUACUGGAAGGAUGGUGGGACAGGUCUUCCACCAGAAGACUGUCAUGUGUCAUCAGUUACUAAAGUAGUAGAAGAUGGUGGUUUAAGCUGGCUAAGGAAGUCUUACCAAAGAAUGAAGGAACAAGCUGAGAAACAAAAUAGAAAUUUAGAAGACAUUGUAGCUGAAAGAUAUGGGAAGAAAGAAGGCUUAGGAAGGAGUAGGCAAACAAAGAAAUCAAUGGAAAUCUUCCAGUUGAAAUUAAAAGAAGCUGAGAAAACUGCGUUUAUGAAAGAAGACUGUAGACGAGAACGGUGGAGGAAACCAGCAUACUCAGAGAGAGCACAAAGUAGUCAGGAAAGUAGAAAAUCAGACUUGGUAAAAUAUAAUAAAAGUUCAAGAGAUAGAUAUAAUACAACAGAUAUUGCAAAGAAUAUCAAUAAAGAUAAGUUUAGUGGUGAUGAAAAAGAUAGUAGAUCUGGGUCUUUAGAAGCAUGUAGAAGAGAAUUGAGUCCAAAACAAAAUCAAGAGUUUUCUUCUCAUAUAAAUUUGAGACCUAAAUUCUUAAGACCCUCUGAUGCAGAACUGUCAUUUCAUAGCAAGGACAGAAAUUUUGAACCAUCUAGUUCAUCUUCAGCACUGGUCUCUCAGGAUUCUGUACAUUGUGGUUUUCAAAAAUCCACAGAGAACAGUGAGGAAAGUUUAUCAUGGUGGAGUCGAUCUGAUGAGAGAGAAGGAGACAGGAAACAUUCAAAUCGAAAACCAUUAGAAACCAGUCACAGUGUUGACCGUGGACAAGUUUCAGAAGACGUGAGAGAAAAAUCACAGGGUGAAAGCUUGAGAGAGGACUCUCUGAAAAAAGAACACCUACAGGAUACAAAGUCUUCGCUUGCUGGGAGUAGUCCAGUGGAUGACUCUAUCCACAUCUUGAGUGUUGAUGAGAAGAACAAGUUGGGAGCCAAGAUUAUCAAGGCAGAGAUGAUGGGAAAUAUGGAAUUAGCUGAACAACUUAAAGCCCAACUUGACAAGGCAAAUAAAUUUGAAGACAGCAUAACACAGAUAUCAUCAAAAAAAUCUGGGGUAGAGAAUGAAGAUCAGGAAGAAGUGAUCCUUGUCAGAACAGAUCAUUCUGGAAGAGUCUGGCCUGUGAACACACCACGAAAACAUCUGGAAUCUAAAGGAGGAAGAAGGAAGAGACUGAUUGUUUCAACCUAUGAGGAAAAAGAAAGGGUCAGAUACUUUCAUGAUGAUGAUACUCUAAGCCUAAGUGACUUAGUCAAGAACGAAAAGAUGGGAACAGCAGAAAAUCAAAACAAACAUUUUAUGAAAAUGACAUCUAAGUUUAUGGGAAAAACAGAUGGAGACUAUUACACUCUGGAUGACAUGUUUGUCUCCAGAGCAGCUGAGAGAGAAUGUUUUGGUGAAGAGGAAGAGAAUCAGAGGAAAAAAGCUAUUGCUGAGCACCAGAGACUUGCUGCACUAAUGGAAAACUGUCUGUAUUGUUUUGACAGCUCUCAAUUUCCCAAGCACCUUAUUGUUGCAAUAGGUGUUAAGGUUUAUUUAUGUUUACCCAACUUACGAUCUCUUACUGAAGGGCACUGCUUGAUAGUCCCUUUGCAGCACUAUAGAGCAGCUACCUUAUUGGAUGAAGACAUCUGGGAGGAAAUUCAGAUGUUUAGAAAAUCAUUGGUAAAGAUGUUUGAAGAUAAAGGAUUGGACUGUAUCUUUUUAGAAACGAAUAUGAGCAUGAAGAAACAGUAUCAUAUGGUUUAUGAAUGCAUUCCUCUCCCAAAGGAAGUGGGUGAUAUGGCUCCCAUCUAUUUUAAGAAAGCCAUAAUGGAAACUGAUGAAGAAUGGUCUAUGAACAAGAAAUUAAUUGAUCUCUCUUCAAAAGAUAUCAGAAAGUCUGUACCCAGAGGCUUACCUUACUUCUCUGUGAAUUUUGGCCUCCAGGGAGGGUUUGCCCAUGUCAUUGAAGAUCAACACAAAUUCCCUCAUUACUUUGGAAAGGAAAUCAUUGGUGGGAUGCUGGAUGUAGAACCAAGACUUUGGAGGAAAGGGAUCCGAGAAAGCUUUGAGGAUCAGAGGAAGAAAGUACUGCAGUUUGCUCAGUGGUGGAAACCAUUUGACUUCACCAAAAAUAAAAAAUGUUGAGACAUA